AUGGCCACCCUUGCGUCCCUCCCGAAUGAGAUCCUCAUCGCCAUUGCGGGCUAUUUGGCCGACAUCCAGGACCUUGCCGCCCUGGCGUUGACGAACCGCCGAUUCUUCUCUAUCGCAAACCCGGGGCUCUAUGCCACUGCCGCCCGCAACUACAAGCCAGUGUUGUUCUACUGCGCCGAAAACGGGUUGAUCGGACCUAUGAAUUCUUUGCUCACCCACGGAGCUGACCCGGAUCGAGCCUUCCGUUCCCCUAUUUCCCGGGACUCUCUCAAUCGUGCCCUCGCAGCCCAAGGUCGCCGCCCGGGAAGGCGGCCGCUUAUGGACUGGAAACUGAUACUGGAGGAGACCACGUCAAGGACAAGAGAGGUCCUUGAAAGGGCUAUUGUACAUGACGAACUCUGCGAGCUGAAAGCCCGCUUCUAUGCGGACACGAGCAAGCGCUCCUCCAACCUCAUCCCUCGGGCAUACCAUCCAAGAAGACUGCGCGAACCCGCCUCCCAAGCUGCGACCCCUUUAUACUUUGCUAUCUUGGCCGGACACAAGUCCACAGUACGUCUUCUACUAGCCCGCGGGGCCUCGAUCGUCGUUUCUUCUGGCGGCAUCACGCCUCUUCACCUCGCUGCUUGGUGCGGCGAUUUGGAGCUAUGCAGGCUACUCUUGGACGAAACCCCCCGCCAGGAAGUAGACUCAUGGAUAGACGCACGACUUACCCCCUUUCAUUAUGCCGUUGCUGGCGGCCACUUGCAGACGGUUGGCCGCUUUCUGCUCCAAAGGGGUGCCGACAUCCAAGCCGACUUUGAAGGGGAUCUACUUCCCAGCUACUGUGUUCCAUAUUCCAUGGAUGGUCCUGUGAAUGCUUUCGGGCUUGCUCUUUGCGCCCAUAAGUACCGCGAUGCAUUGAUGCUCCUGCAUAUGAACCCAGAUUUUGCCAGAAAAGGACAUGAGAGGCCCUGGCAGAGCUCUAUAGCGGUGUGUCUCCAGACCUUGCCAAUCGAACGGUCAGACGACAUGGAAGGACUGGUCGUCUCCAUACUUCGGAACUUAUUUCUACAUUCCCAGGAUUAUACCAAACACAUACACUCGUUCGAGAACUAUUAUAUCUUGGCCCUGUCGCGGGAUCUCCCUCAAUUCCUGAGCCUGAUGCUGGAAGAUGCCGAGGUUCGGGGCCUUUCGCUUGCGAGCAUCGAGCGCUGGGUAUAUGAUGCCCUACAAUCUAUCCGUUCCAGCCCGGCAGUCGAUGCCGUCAUGGCGCUUAUCCAAUACGCUGUCUCGAAACAACGCAUGCCUUUGCCUUGCCUCAGCCGUGUUUUUCCGCCAUUGCUUUCAAGAGGCUGGUCCCGUUUUGAGGAUAUGUCGAAGGCGCGAUUUGAAGCCAGGCUAGAGAUGGCAAAGCUGGUGUACCACCUGCACCUUUCAGCCGACCCCAGAGGGGUCAGCGACAGUGACUUACACGACGCUCUUUUGAACGCUUGCCAGGCCGGUGGGCUGAAAUUAUGCCAAUGGCUCGCCAGCCUCGGCGCAUUACGCUUGAUGGAUAAGAAUGAUUUCGCCGCCUUGUUGGAUCAGGCUGCACGUAAAGGGGACGAGUUAUUGACUGGCUGGGUCUUGACCCAGGCCGAAAACGCAGGUCACAAACGUUCAAUUAUGGAUGGCAUCUGCUUAUGGGAUAUAAUAGCGCUGUCUGGUGUCUAUGAGACCGCGAUUCUUUUCGCCCACCAUGGAGCAAAUAUCAACGUUGCGCUUGAGAAGCCACGGUGCCUUGGGGCAGUAUAUCCCUUGUUCUCGUGCCGAACCCGCCAACGAACGACAAUCCAGGAAUAUCGUACCGUUCACUACGGUAGUAACAUAUUCUUUAAACUCUGUAGCAGGCCAGACCUGACCGGUGCCGUCGAGCUAUGUCGGUUGGCUAUUCACGCUGCCGGAGAAGACGCUGAAAAACUCUUUAGUUGCAGCUUUUUGACCGGACAGUCAGGGACCCUAUCGCCAAUCAGUCUUAUCUGCAGUAUAAGAUCUCCCUUCGAGAUUAAUAGCCAAUUAUCAGUCUCGCCCCCCUGUGACCACAGGCCCGCAAGAACGAACGUGGAUGAUGAACCGGCGCGGCUAGCCAUGCUACGGAUGGUCCUCGAUGCCGGGGCUGCCGAGGUACAUACGCUAGCGGAGGUAGUCAAUCGCGGAGAGGCCGAAGACUAUGAGCAACCGAGCGAAUUACUAUGGCAUGCUCUCGCCUCGGAGGAUACGCACGAAAUCGGCCGCCAACAAGCCUUGACAUCCAACCCAAACGGGAGCCCGGUUUGGAGAGUCCACAACUGGCAGAGUGACCCCAUUCGAUGCGCCAUACGCAAUGGAUUCCCGAAGUUGGUCCAAACAAUGCUUGAGACAAGGCCGCUGCCAACCAGGAACCAUCCCGCAGCUUGCGUUACUUGGAGGCUGCCUGCGGUGAAGGCGGGCGAGAGUACUCGGGAGACCGCCUUUUACCUCAAACUCUCAGCAUUGUGCUCACCAUGGCCAACUUGGACCAUGCAGAUCUACUCCACCCAAACGGCGAAACAGAGUUGCUAA